UCCCACAGGCCAGUUUCGCGACGCCACCGCUGCCGCGGCAGCCGCGGUGCAUGCCGGUACUUGUAGUCGUCCGGGCGCACCAGCCAGCCGAAGUGCCUGAGCGUUCCCUUUUCGAUAGAUUUUUCGGUCGUGUGGAGCCGUCUUACGAUGGGAGGAUUUACGUGCUGUGUUCCUGGAUGUUACAACAACAGCACAAGGGAUAAAGGCUUGGGUUUCUACGUCUUUCCUAAAGAGCAAAAGCUUCGGGAGACGUGGAUUCAGCGUAUCAACAGGGCUGGACGGGGCGGCAGGUUCUCCAAGUUUACGCCUACCACGGGACACCGAGUAUGCGGUGCCCACUUCGAAGGAGGAAAAAAGACUUACAUGAACAGAGUGCCCACAAUCUUCCCGCUGAGACCGCAAAAGGUGGAAAGGAGGCGACCACUCAUAAGGACACAGCCGGAACUUCCCAACAGUCCAACUGUGGCACCCCAGCACGACCCAGAAGUCUCAGGCUCUGCCAUCACUAGUAGCAGCAGCGACAGUGAAGACACCGCACAGCAAAGCACUCUACUCAUGGACCAUGCCUACAGCAGCCAAGAGUCAAGCUAUGACCAGCUUGCCAAGAAAGUUGCUUGCCAAAAUAAUAUAAUAACUGAGCUAGCAGAAAAGGCUGAAGCUGCUUACGCGCAUGUUGAAGAGCUCAACCGCCAGCUAAAACGCUCUCAACAGGACCACGCUGAAGCAAAAAAGCUAUGUGACCGCCUUCAGCAGAAGAAUAGGUGCUUGCGGCUUGAGCUAUCCUGUAUGCAGAAGAAAGUCAAGAGGUGCAAGGCUGAAGCUACACAAAAGAUUGACAUCACGUAUGAAGCCCUUGUAGAAGAUGAAAAGAAGCUGCGGUACUACACUGGCUUUACAUCCAGAAAGUCCUUCGACAGUUUUUGGUCCCUACUUGAACCAGAUGCGAAAAAGCUGCGGUUCUGGCAGAUGAAGGAAACGGAGAACGAGGACCGGAACUUCAUCCUGCCUUUGAAGACACAGCUUGUGCUCGUCCUGAUGAGGCUACGGCUGGGCCUUGACGGCCUUGACCUUGCGUACAGGUACGCUGCCAACGUUGAAGUGUUUUUUUUUUUGCAUCAGUACUCAUUUUUGCCUUUGCAUAAGGUCCAAGUGGAGUGA